AUGGACAAGCUCCUCCUGCUGCCCCUCCUGGUUUUCAGCACGGCCGCCCCCCCGGCGGCGCCCAUGACGUGCCCCAAGCGCUGCCAGUGCCAGAACCUCUCCCCUUCCUUCACCAUCCUGUGCACCAAGACCGGGCUCCUGUUCGUGCCGCCCGCCCUGGACCGGCGCACGGCCGAGCUGCGCCUCAUGGACAACUUCAUCACCGUCCUGCGGCGCAAGGACUUCGCCAACAUGACCAACCUGCUGCACCUCACCCUGUCGCGCAACACCAUCAGCCAGAUCAUGCCCUUGGCCUUCGCCGACCUGCGCGGGCUCCACGCCCUCCACCUGGACAGCAACCGGCUGACGGCGCUCAGGGACGACCACCUCAAGGGCCUGGUCAACCUGCGCCACCUCAUCCUCAGCAACAACCAGCUGAGCUCGGUGUCGCCGCGCUCGCUCGACGACUUCGUGGACACCAUCGAGGACCUGGACCUGUCCUACAACAACCUGGUGGACGUGCCCUGGGAGACGGUGGCGCGGCUCUCCAACGUCAACACGGUGAGCCUGGACCACAACCUCAUCGAGUUCGUGCCCGAGGGCAUCUUCUCCAACCUGCACAAGCUGGCGCGGCUCGACAUGACCUCCAACAAGCUGAAGAAGAUCCCGCCCGACCCGCUCUUCUCGCGCAUCCCCGUCUACGCCAAGUCCAAGGGGUCGCCGCUGUCGUCGCUGGUGCUGAGUUUCGGGGGGAACCCCUUGCACUGCAACUGCGAGCUGGUGUGGCUGCGGCGCCUGACGCGCGAGGACGACCUGGAGACGUGCGCGUCGCCGCCCGAGCUUUCCGGCAAGUACUUCUGGUCCAUCAAGGAGGAGGAGUUCGUGUGCGAGCCGCCCAUGAUCACCCACCGCACGCCGCGGCUGGCGGCCGCCGAGGGCCGGGGGGCCUCGCUCAAGUGCAAGGCCGUGGGCGACCCCGAGCCCUACGUGCGCUGGAUCGCGCCCGACGGCAAGUUGGUGGCCAACACCAGCCGCACGACGUCCUACGAGAACGGCACCUUGGACAUCCUGGCGGUGGCGAUGCAAGACAAAGGGACCUUCACCUGCAUCGCCUCCAACGCCGCCGGAGAGUCCACGGCGCCCGUGGAGCUGCUGGUGACGCCGGCGGCCGAGGCCGGCAACGACACCGGCUGCGAGAAGGAGGAGAGGGAGGAGGAACCGGGAGCCUCCGACAUCCUCAUCCCGGCCAAGUCGAGCUUCGCCAACGAGAGCAAGGAGAGGCAGGAGAAGGGGGUGGUGGUGGAGGAGCUGACGGCGGCGUCGGCGCUGAUCCGGUGGGAGUCGCGGCAGCCGCUGCCCGGAGUCAGGAUGUACCAGAUCCAGUACAACUCGUCCACCGAUGACAUCCCGGUCUACAGGAUGAUCCCCCCCACCAGCAAAUCCUUCCUGCUGACCGACCUUGCCCCGGGCCGCUCGUACGAUCUCUGCGUCCUUGCCGUCUACUCGGACGGCGCCACGGCCCUGCCGGCCACCCGCUCCCUGGGCUGCGCCCGCUUCGCCACCGGCGAGGAGCCGCCGCGCUGCCGCUCUCUCCACGCCCAGUUCCUGGGCGGCACCAUGAUCAUCGUCAUCGGCGGCAUCAUCGUGGCCUCGGUGCUCGUCUUCAUCUUCAUCCUCCUCAUGAAGUACAAGGUGUACAACAACAAUCAUCCGUCCCAACACAAGAAGGCGGCCAAGGUGACCCACGUCUGCUCCCAAACCAACGGCGGCUCCGUCGCCCGCUCGGCCUCCAAAGGGGGCGAGAGGAGGGAAAGCUCCUGCCAGGAAUUUUCCGUGGGAAGCAGAGGGAAGACGGUGGUGGAGUUGGACUGGGAUAAAGCGACUCCUCCUCCGGUUCCUUCCGGGGGCGAUUCCGACUCGGCGGCGCCGUCCUAA